ACACUGCUCGCACAAAAACAUACGGCGGAUGUUGAUGACGCUGCCUUGAAGCACGUUUUCUGCCUGCGAGGAUGCUUGGAAGACAAUAAGCGCGCAGUACGUUUUUGGAACAUUUGGCACCAACAGUGGACUUGAGCCACCAUAUUAUCCAACCGGAGGAUUUGGGAUAUUUCCCCGCCACCCGCCCCAAUCAAGCUGUAUGGGUGUUUUGCGCCGCUUCUUUAUGACACAGCGCGUCACAGGUUGCUGACAGCGCAACAAUCUCUCCUCGGAGCAGAUAAGCGCAGCAGCAACGUGCGCUUUUUUGCGCACAAGGACAAGGAGCGCACACAACAACAAAAGACAGCCUUAAGCAAGAACACUAAAUAGAAGACAAAAACAUGUCAGACGGUCCGAGACAUCGAGGUGCGUCUGCCAAGGAUGCCGGUGAGCAGGAGUCUGCAGGAGGAGGAGUUGCACUGAAGAAGGAAAUAGGGCUGGUGAGCGCCUGUGGUAUCAUUGUUGGUAAUAUUAUCGGCUCUGGGAUUUUUGUCAGUCCAAAGGGAGUGAUGGAGAACGCCAGCUCCGUGGGCGUGGCACUGGUCGUGUGGAUCAUCACAGGCAUCAUCACCGCCAUCGGGGCACUGUGCUACGCCGAGCUGGGCGUCACCAUCCCCAAGUCGGGAGGAGACUACUCCUAUGUGAAGGACAUCUUUGGAGGCUUGGCUGGGUUCCUACGUCUGUGGAUCGCCGUGCUGGUCAUCUACCCGACCAACCAGGCUGUGAUCGCCCUGACGUUCUCCAACUACGUCCUUCAGCCCCUCUUCCCCACCUGCUUCCCGCCUGAGAUUGGCCUGCGCCUGCUGGCUGCCGUCUGCCUCUUGCUGUUGACAUGGGUGAACUGCUCCAGCGUAAGGUGGGCGACGAGGGUGCAGGACAUAUUCACAGCGGGCAAGCUGCUCGCUCUGGGCCUCAUCAUCAUCAUGGGCAUCGUGCAGAUCUGCAAGGGGGACUACUAUUGGCUGGAGCCGGCCAAUGCUUUCGAGCCCUUCCAGGACUACGAUGUGGGAUUGAUCGCCUUAGCCUUCCUACAAGGCUCCUUCGCCUACGGGGGGUGGAACUUCCUCAACUAUGUCACAGAGGAGCUGGUGGACCCCUAUGUUAACCUCCCUCGUGCCAUCUUCAUCUCCAUCCCGCUUGUGACCUUCGUGUACGUCUUCGCCAACAUCGCCUACGUCACGGCCAUGAGUCCUCAGGAGCUGCUGGCCUCCAACGCCGUCGCCGUGACGUUUGGCGAGAAGCUUCUGGGUGUGAUGGCUUGGAUCAUGCCCAUAUCCGUCGCUCUGUCCACCUUUGGAGGAGUCAACGGUUCCCUCUUCACGUCAUCACGGUUGUUCUUUGCUGGGGCCAGGGAGGGACACCUUCCCAGUCUUCUAGCUAUGAUCCAUGUUAAACGUUGCACUCCCAUUCCUGCUUUGCUCUUCACAUGCCUGUCCACACUGCUUAUGCUGUGCACCAGUGACAUGUACACCCUCAUCAACUAUGUAGGCUUCAUCAACUACCUCUUUUACGGUGUUACUGUCGCCGGGCAGAUUGUCCUUCGAAUCAAACAGCCUAACAUGCAUAGGCCAAUCAAGAUCAGCCUGAUUUGGCCGGUGAUAUAUCUCCUCUUCUGGGCCUUCUUGCUCAUCUUCUCGCUUUACUCCGAGCCUGUGGUGUGUGGCAUCGGCCUGGCCAUCAUGCUCACUGGCGUUCCUGUCUAUUUUCUGGGAGUCUACUGGGACAACAAGCCCAAGUGCUUUGAUGCUUUUGUUGACAAACUGACAUACCUGGGCCAGAAGUUCUGCGUGGUGGUCUAUCCAGCUCAGGACAGCGGCAGCAUCGGCGGAGACGAGGGUGAGGAAAUGAAGGAGGCCAGGUCUCCUCUGUCCAAAGGGGACGAAGACAACCACAAGUCAGCAGACUGUUGAAGGGCACAUCUUUAAGCUCCGCCCGCCCCGGGCUCACAUUCAAAGUGCAUCAAGUGCCACAGUUGGAUGUGGUUUUACUGAUCAACAUCAGUGCCCCCCGCCCUUUCUCUUACUGUAUCUUAAUAUCUCUGUGCCAAAUAUGCUGUGACAUCUCUAAGAGCAAUAUCUCCCCACACACUUUCAUCUGGGGUUUAUUCAAGUGUGCAAUAAGGAUAGGUUAGCACGUCAUCGUCGACAUCUUCCUCCCGCCACACACUCCCUUACACACUCCUCCCAAAAGAGCAUCAUCCUUUUUUUUAUUAUCAUUGUAGUGAGGAUGUCUUAUUUUUUCUACUUCAUUUUUUAAAUUGUGUAAAUGUUGCUUUUUCGGACAUUCAGAACACCAACGUUGUGUUAGAUCAUCCAAAACAAACAAUGUUGUGAAGUACGUGAAUUGCAGCAGAGUUUGAUUCCAGAAUGCAUUUCUUUAUUUUUAUUUUGUAAUUAUGGUGAUUGUUUGUAGAUUUUGUGUGUGUAUGUGUGUGAUAUUAGAGCAUCAUAUUCAUCUGCCUUUUUUUCACUCACAGCUGAUGUGUGAUCUAUAGUACGUCUUCUUAAAGGUGCACAGUUCUUGUUAUUUGCCUUAAAUUAGAGUAUACGCUGUAGCGUUUUUAGUCAUGCUGUGACUGAUGUGAAGAGAUGUUUUUUUCCGUUUUUUGGAGGUAGGUUUUUAUGAAAACAGUAAACAAAAAAGUGUCAUUUUUGGGGGUAUUUUUGUAGUUUUUUUGUUUUUUUUCCCGAACCGCACAGAUGACACAUCGUCUAAACCAGGGGUCUCCAAAGUGUGGCCCCCGCUGCGGCACAUUAAAAUAUCCAUGCUGGAUUGAUUUCAGCCUGUUAACACAUUUUAAAAUGGCCCCUAGAUCCUUUGGUUUUUCAGUAUGCGGCCCUCGCUGGAAACCCCUGGUGACACCACUUUGUAGCCACUUAGUUUAUACAAGAAUCCCACAACACCGACACAUGAAUGGCUGUGUGGAAAACAUUUGAUGGAAAAAAAUAUUUUCAGAGCUAACCAUCUAUGUUUUAUUUUAGGCUGUAAAAUAUGAUAGAAAUUAUAUAUACUAUAUAUGUUGUCUUCAUCCAUGCUAUUCACUAGAAGUUAGUUUACAAUUGGUACACGCACAAGUAUACAGUGAAUGAAACCAUUUGUGUGAUUACUGUGAUAUGCGAACAAAUUGUAACACUCCUGUGUUCCCUAGCCUGCAAUAAUCCUCCUGUUUCUCAGGACAAGCUUAUAUACGCUGCCUAAAACACUCAAGAGAAACGCUAACAUCUGUACGGGUGCUACUCAGAUAUUUAUUCCUCUCAGGAUUUUUUUCACUGCCCCACAUUGUGCCCCCCACUGGGCAGCUGCUGUCACCACAUCUCAAUCCCUGUCAGUCAGGGGCCCUUGGAAUUGUCUUAACUUUCCCCCCGCCCAAAUGGCACCCCUGGUUACAAUGCUGUGAUAUGUGCCUGUUAUAUUAAGUACACAGUUGACUGUCUCUUUGCAAAUAAAAACACUGACAGAUGUAAUGUGAAUUUGUC